AGAGACAAAAAACAAAGAGACCUCACAGCAACAAUCCCUAAGGGGUCAUCUUAAGAUAAGUAAAAUAGACAAGGGUACUCACAGCUUAAGGGAGGAGUAUGUGCUAGAACAGCCAGGGUAGUAGGGGAAGAAGCACUGCUCGCACCCCUCCCCUUACCUGCUCAGCGUCCAGAUUCCCCCAUGACCACCGCUACUUCCAGAAGCGGAACAAGUUCCAUGGAGUCAGCUAUGCAUUUCCGGCUCAACAGACUGAGUCAGCUGGGCUGGAUGAUGACAGGCUCCAGCUGCUUGAAGAACACUGACCCCAGUUGGAGGAAAGAGCUGGCGAAGAAGUACAAGAAGACCACGGAACUAAGGAGCAUGGCCCUCAGACACCUGUCAGACCUCCCAGCUCACGAAAUUACCGUUUGCGUGGGGCAGUCGGGGGCAGCAGGGAUCACUCCCUGCCAGGCAGGAGCUGUUUAAUCAUGCCUAUGGAUUUCAAUGGCACCUGGAAACACACCAGCAAUCACAACUUUGACAAUUACAUGAAGGCAUUGGGUAUUGACUUCGCUAUAUGCAAGAUAGCAAGCAUCGUGAAGCCACAGAAGGUAAUUGAACAGAAUGGUGGCUCAUUUACCAUCCACACCACUAAUGCUCUCCAAGAGGACUUUGUCCAGUUCAAAAUUGGAGAAUGGUUUGAAGAAGAUAAUAAAAGCCUGGAUAACAGAAAAUGCAAGAGUUUGGUUACUUGGGACAAUCGCAAGCUUGUCUGCAUACAGACUGGAGAGAAGAGCAACCGGGGCUGGACUCACUGGAUAGAAGGAGAUAAUCUCUACCUGGAGCUCCGCUGCAAGGACCAAGUUUUGUAAACAGGCUUACAAGAGAG